AUGCUAAAAUUUCUAUUCAUCCUCAUCCCCUUAGCUGUAAUUUGCAGCGCAUCAUGCCCUCAUAUGAUGGGACAAGCUGAGGCAAAAGCACGAGCUGAAAAAACGAAGCAAAGUAUUGAAGCACGCCUCCAGCAAAAAGAAGAAAUUGGAGCACCACCCGGCGUCGAACCAAAGAACGACGGAUCUCCUGGAACAGUCCCUGAAGAAACCUCGAUACAAACAACUUUGAUACACCUCAGCAAAUCAGAUGCUGAAAAGCAGUACGCCGGGCUGAUCGCGGCAAAACUCAGGGAAAUUCGUGAAAGCUUGCGUAAGGAGCUACGGUUGACAAUCGACAAUGAGCAUAUAUCAUGUAAAAACAAUGCCGACGAUCAUUUCCGAUGCCGAGAUUAUUCCCAAAGCCAUUCUUACCAUUAUUUGGUUGUGGAAGACAGUUCUCGUGGAGCUGCCGUCUAUUCCUUGGAUCGUGAUUUGAAUGGAGAUUCCCCUGGAAAAGUUGAAGCGGCGUUGCUAGACGCGCUGUCGAGACACACGAGACAUCAUCUGUCUCUGCACGCAUCGAAGGAGGCUGAGAAGGAGGUUGGUUUUGUACGAGAGUUAUCCAUUGUUGAACUUGAACAUGUUGGGAAGACGGCGAAGAAGAUACGCUCUCCAAAAACGUACCCAAUUGCCCCGACUGAAAUGCAAGCAAUUGAGACUCAGAUUUUGGAAAUUCGGAAUAGCGAGGGCCUUGAUACGACAGAACAUCGGCUGACCGUCGUCCCAUCUGAGGAAGUAUUCAAUCAAAUGCUCCAACGCUACAAAUAUGUCUUUAUUCUGUUCUGGACGAACGUCCGUUCCUCCUCUUCCCAUGCCUAUAAUCAAUUUGCAAAAUUGUCUAAUAAUUUCGAGAAAACCGAACACAUUCAAUUGGCGGUUGUCAAUUGCCAUGAAGUCGACUUUUGCGUUGGCCUGGAUUAUAAGGACUUUUACACGGUGGUGGCAUAUCAAGAUGGCGAGAAAGUAGCCACGCAAAGUCUGGUCUUUGAUGCGGACUUUUACGUUGGCUGGAUCGAGAGAAUUCUUGCUGGGACCUUGGUAGAGCUAAAAAACAAGGAUGAGCUGAAGGAGGCAAAGAAAGGAAAGCUACUUGGAAAACAACGACAAUCCGUUAUAAUUGGUGUCUUCCCCGACAAAGAUGCCAUCGAAUAUGCCCAUUAUGAAAAAGUGGCUGAACUGCUGAAGGGUCGAUAUUACAUGGCGUAUUACUUAGACAAGGAGGCCCAAUCAACACUUGCCACCUACCGUCCCGGCGAGAAAAAGAAGCGGGUCGAUUACGCAGGGGCUUUCGAUCCACCAACACUGGCCAAUUUUAUUACCUAUUCGCCAUUACCGACUGUGGUGGACAUCACUCGAGGUUUCAAUCCAGAUCUACUAUUCAAACAACCAUUACCGAUCGUGCUACUUUAUUCCCCUCCAUCUUUCGAUUCGAAGAAUUUUGAGGCCGCGGCCGCAAAGCCCGCAUUCGCUCAUUUAAAAUAUAUUUUUGUUCGUGUGAAUAGCGAUGGCUUGGCACUCCGUCAUGAAUUGUUGAAGCCGUUGGGAAUCUCAAAAGAAGAUGAACCUGUGGUAAUUUUGUAUAUCAAGAAUAAAGCGUGGCACCUUGAAUUGACUCCUGAGAACGACGCGGAUGAGAUUUUGAAAUGGGUUGAUGAAGUCGAGGCCACUCCUGCUGAAUAUACUGUCACUUUCAACGAUGCACAUCCAUUAAUGUAUCUACAAAUUGAAGCAUCAAAUAAUAUCUUUGGCGUUCAACCUGUACAACCACUACCCGAUUUGUCGGUAUUCCAGAUUAAGGCCAUAAAGCCUCUACUUAACGAUAUGGCCAAAUCUGGCUCCGGCGGUGGAUGUCCAUUUAUGCAUGGUGGAGCGAUCCCUCCACAACAAGAAGACGCACGCCAUCAAGAAUUA